AUGGAAUCUCGCAAAUUAGCCGCAAUACUUUCCUCCCUCAUCUCGCAGCUCCUCCUCUUGCUCCUCCACAUUUUACCACGCAAUUCCCCUCUCCCCAAUUCCUCCCAUUCCCUUCUCCCUCUCCUUCUCUUCUCCCACCAACUCACCACCACCCUCUCCCUUUCCCUCUCUCGCAAACGCAAACGCAAACGCGAUUCCCAAGAUGCUAAUCCCCUUUCGCUUACUCUCACCCGCACUCCCGACUCCUUCCGCAACUCCUUCAUGAUGACCUCCUCCACCUUCCAAUGGCUCUCCGGCCUCCUCGAGCCCCUCCUCGACUGCCGUGACCCCGCCGAACUCUUCCCCCUCAACCUCUCCCCCGCCCUCCGCCUCGCCAUCGGUCUCUCCCGCCUAGCCGCCGGCCUCGACUACCCUGACAUCUCCGCCCGAUUCGCUGUCUCCGUUCCUGUCUCCAAAUUCUGCGUCAAGCAACUCUGCCGCGUCCUCUGCACCAACUUCCGCUUCUGGGUCUCCUUCCCCAACCCCUCCGACCUCCGCUCCGUCUCCCAAUCCUUCCAAUCCCUCUCCGGCCUCCCCAACUGCUGCGGCGUCGUUUUCUGCACCCGCUUCCAAGUAGUCAACGCCCACACCAACUCCCCCUCCCCCGUUGCCGCCCAGAUUGUCGUCGAUUCCUCCUUCCGGAUUCUCACCAUCGCCGCCGGCUUCCUCGGAGACAAAACCGAUUCCCAAAUCCUUAAAUCCUCCACUCUCUUCAACGACAUCGAACAGGGAACCCUCCUCAACGCACCAUUUACCCAGUACCUCGUCGCCGAUUCCCAAUACCCUUUGCUCCCCUGGCUCAUCGUUCCUUUCGCCCAACCCCUCCCUGGCACCCUCCAAGCCGAUUUCAACGCUGCUCAUGCAACCAUGCGCCUCCCUGCGCUCCGAACCGCCGCCAGUUUGAGGAAUUGGGGGGUCCUCAGUCGACCCGUUACCGAGGAGCUUAAGAUGGCCGUCGCGUAUAUCGGUGCGUGUUCCAUUCUUCAUAAUAGUUUGCUCAUGAGGGAGGACUUUUCGGCUUUGGCUUCGGGGUUUGAGGACUCUUACAGUGGCCCGUGUGAUUCGCUGGAGGGUGAGGCUGUGUCGUCCAAGGCUUUGGCUCUGCGUGACACCCUGGCUAAGAAACUUCAUAAUUCGAGGAACUCUUGA